UGGAACUGUUACUAGGAGGAUGGUUAUGUUAUGUUAUGUUGUGUUGUGGUGAUGGAGUUAGGUAAGAGCACAGCACAGGAAUGUUGUUGAGCUGAGGUUGAGCUCCUUCGAUUGGACAGGUCAGCUCCAACUUUAAUAACAAAACCAAACCGUACCAUUCGAUCAUUUUAACCCCACAAUUUCAUUCUUCCGUCAAUCUCUGUGUUCUCUUCUUUCUCUCACUCUCUCACACGCAGACACACAGCUUCUCCCUUUCAGCAACCAUGGACAGGGUCAUCGGCGGCAAGUUUAAGACUGGUCGGAAAAUCGGAAGCGGUUCAUUUGGAGAAAUUUAUAUAGCCUCAAAUAUGGACACCUCGGAGAUUGUUGCCAUCAAGAUGGAAAACAAGAGAACCAAACAUCCACAACUAUUGUAUGAGGCAAAGUUAUAUAGCAUUCUUCAAGGAGGAAGUGGUGUUCCAUGUAUGAAGUGGUGCGGUACUGAUGGAGACAAUAAUGUUUUAGUUAUUGAUCUUCUGGGACGGAGUCUUGAAGACUUUUUUGUCUAUUGCGGGAGGAAAUUUUCAUUAAAAACAGUUUUGAUGUUGGCUGAUCAGAUGCUGACAAGAAUAGAGUACCUGCAUUCCAAGGGAUUUUUGCAUAGAGAUAUCAAACCAGAUAAUUUUCUCAUGGGUCUUGGGAAGAAAGCAAAUCAGGUUUAUAUUAUUGAUUUCGGACUAGCAAAAAGAUAUAGGGAUCCAAACACAAAUAAGCACAUUCCUUACAGAGAGAAUAAAAGCUUAACAGGAACUGCCCGUUAUGCAAGUUGCAACACUCACAUGGGAAUUGAACAAAGUCGCCGUGAUGAUUUGGAGUCUCUUGGCUAUGUUCUAAUGUACUUUUUAAGAGGAAGCCUUCCUUGGCAGGGUUUGAAAGCUGCCACCAAAAAGGAAAAAUAUGACACUAUCUGUGACAAGAAGUUAUCGACUCCCAUUGAGGUGCUCUGCAAGUCAUUUCCUGUGGAGUUUGCUACAUACUUUCAUUAUUGCCAAUCUUUGACAUUUGAUCAACACCCAGAUUAUGGAUACUUGAAGCGCCUGUUUAGUGAUUUGUUCAGACGAGAAGGAUAUGAUUCCGACUAUAUAUAUGACUGGACCAUCCUCAAAUACCAGCAGUCUCAACAGACAAAGAAACAAAAUCAAUCAUCUUCUUCAGCUGCAUUGCCUAGCAAUCUAGAACCAGCAGUUGUGGAAAACCCCAAAGGAGCCAAUGAUUCAACUCAUGUUAAUGUAACAAAUAUGUUAGCUAGUCUUGAACUCCCAAGUGCACGUGCGCAGCCUAAGCCAUCUAAUGCUCGGAAUCUGGAUGCCAAGAUUCGGACUGAGAAACAUGGUGUGAACAAUAUUCCACCUAGUUCCUCUGCCUUGCCCAAAUCCUCUACAGGAAAUGUCUCGAAACCAGAAAAGUCCACAGGAACCUCAAACCUUGGUCGUGUAUUUGGGAGUAAUUCCCGUGUUUCAAGCAGCUGGAUUCCUUCACUACGCCGAAUUUCUUCCGCCAAAUAGGAUUAUGAAGGUGUGACUUGGAGCUCUUUUCACAUUUGCUAAUGGUCAUGUACUCAUUUCACUCCACCAGCGGAACAUUAUAUUAGACUGUAAUGACCAGCAUGAUACAGUGACAUAACAAGCUUCCUGCACAUGACACUGAUACUAAAUGUAUGGUCGGAUUCAUUGUUGCUGAGUGAGAUUGGUGCCGUCAUAUUUGAAGAGUUGGAAUGAGAGAAAGAAAGGGAGUGUGGACGAUUUUAAAGAACGAGGCAUGCUGAUGGAUGUCCCACACGAGGCCCCAGGGUAAUUGUUUGGUAGGCCUUGAACUGUAAGAGUUUGGCGGGGUUGCAUUUUUUUCUCUAAUCAUGAUGAAUCGAACAUGUAUGGGUGUGGGGAAGCUACAAUCAUUCUUAUUGUACCUUUUUUAUUAUUUUAUUUUUUCUAUUCUUUUGAUUUUCUUUCGAGAAUUCACUACACCGAAGUAGUUGUCAUUUCUUUGUACAGUUAGUUUUGUCAUCAUAUGAAUAUAACCACCUUGUACCUCAAUCCCAACAAGGGAAUUAUUCAUAAGUCAAUCCAAUUCAUGGCUAUUUGAAACUAAUGAGGUCCAUUUCUUUUUUCACUGAAAGGGUGGUUUAUCCAAUCUUUGAACUCGACCAAGUAUUCUACUCUCUAAUGAACAUUCAUGUGGUAUAGUUAGGAUUAUAAAAAAGCAAACAUUUAACAUUCCAAACUAGUAAAGUAUAGGUUUAAUAGGUUCGGAGGUUCCUAUAUUUGUGGGUUCGUUCCAAUUGGUUCCUUCAAUUUUGAAACUGAUCAAUUGAGUUUCUUAUUUGCUAAAUUUUAUUCAAUUAUAGUUUUUCUGUUAAAUGGAGUUAACGACGUUAACUUUUUAAACAGGUGGGAUGCUGAGACACAUUCAAGUGGUACCGUUUGAGUUGUAUAGUUAGAUUUUUAACAUUUUUAAUUGUUAAAUAUAUUAAUAAAUGAAAAUAUAAUUAGAAAUUAUUAAAUAUAUUAAACAUGAUCCUCUUCUUCCACUUCGACACCAACACCUUCACGGACUCCGAGUGGGGUUCCGGCCACACUCACCCCUUCGUCUUCAACCCCAUCAAGCUCAAUGCAUCAGAGUGGAUAAGGGUUGCUAAAGAUUCUGGUUUUUCCACGGUAAUCUUCACUGCAAAACACCAUGAUGGGUUCUGCUUGUGGCCCUCGGAGGAAGCAGGCAUAUGAAAACUUCAAACCAGCCUCAGACUUUUCAGAAUGGAUGUUACACUCAUGACUAAGCAAAACAAAGGCUCGUUAAUCUUCAAUACUUCGUAGAGAGAGUAAAUAUCAAACCUGGUUCUGUGAAACUACUUUCUUUAUAUACCCUUCCACUAGGAACAUCUACAUCAAACCUUUAAAUAAAUUAUGAAAUUAAUCCUUAAAAUGAUUUUUUCACUAAAAAUAAUAUAACGCGUGAUACUAUUCCGUGUGUUCCAGCAACAGGAAGAACGGAAACGGCGACGUCCUCGCUGAGCUCUCUACCGCUAAGGAUGUCGGUGUCGGCCUCGGUAAUUGGGGGUCAUAGGUCGUGUCUGCAAAAUUGGAGAAAUCAGAGAAGUUAGGGUUUGUUGCUGCAAUAUGUUUAAUAAUUUCUAAUUAUAUUUUCAAUUUUUAAUAUAUUUAACAAUUAAAAAUGUUAAAAAUCCAACUAUA